CGGUGGCACCCCUCCGCCCCUCCCGGUUCUGUCGGUUGAGCCGAGCUGAGAGUAAAUAGAAGCAGGAGCCCAAAAUGGCGGAGUCGCCGAGUCCGGUUCGUGGCGCGGCGUCGCCGGAGCAGGAGCCGUUCGGCGCCAGGCCGGCUCCGGACGCGAAGGCUGCCCGUGGGUCCCAGCCAGCCGCGAAGAAGAUGAAGGGAGCUGACGAGAGGAGCCUGAAGGGCGCUAAGCGCGUCAACGGCGAAGGGGGCGGUGGUGGCGGCAACGGCGGGAGCGGCAAGCAGCCGCCGCCGCUGCCGGCCGCGGUGCCCGGCUACAGCAGCGCCGCGGCCUGGGGCUUCCCCGCGCUGCCCUCCGGCCCCUCGGGGAGCGCGGGGGGCUUCGCCUUCCCCGCUCAGCUGCCCCGGAAGCUGCUGUCGCCCGCCGUGUUGCUGCCGUCGUCUGCCUCCCCCUCCGCUUCCCACCAGCAGCACCAGCACCGCCACCACAGGCACCGCCUGGCCCUGGCCGCCGAGGCGGGAGGCGGCGGCGCGGCCGGCGCUGGCGGCGGGAGCGCCAAGCCGAAGAGGCCCAAGGAGAAGCGGGACAAGGAGAGGAAGAAACACGGAGCGCUGCCCGCGCUCGCGGCGGCCGGCGAUGGCGGCGGGGGCCUGAGCGCGGCCGGCCGGGAGGAGAACGGCGAGGUGAAUCUGCUGCUGCAGAAAGCUCAAAUCAAAGACAAAAUUAAAGAAAGGGAUAAGAAGCAAAAAGAGAAGAAGAAGCACAAAAUAAUGAAUGAAAUCAAGAAAGAAAAUGGAGAGGUCAAAUUAUUGCAGAAAGUUACUGCAGGAGAAGGUUGCAGUUUCCUAUAUUGCAGAGAGGAAGAAAUGAAUUCAGGUGGGAAGGAGAAACCAAAAACCAAUGCAGAAGAACUACAGAUUAAAAAAGUUAAGAAGAAAAAGAAAAAGAAACAUAAAGAGAAUGAGAAAAGGAAGCGUCCAAAAAUGUACAGCAAAUCCAUUCAGACCAUCUGCUCAGGACUGGUUUCUGAUGUUGAGGAUCAGGAAGCUAAAGGCAUCAUAGAUGAUCAUCUUAAGGAUUUCAAUGGGAAAAAUAUGGAUCCCAAGAAGGACUAUGAGUCCAAGAUACCAGAGAACAGUGAGUUUCCAUUUGUCUCGUUAAAGGAGCCACGGGUUCAAAAUAAACUCAAAAGGUUGGACACAUUGGAGUUCAAACAGCUGAUUCAUAUUGAGCACCAGCCUAAUGGAGGUGCAUCAGUUAUCCAUGCCUACAGUAAUGAACUCUCCCACUUAUCUCCUGUGGAGAUGGAGAGAUUUGCAGAAGAGUUUGUGGGUCUGGUUUUUAGUGAAAAUGAAAACUGUGCAGCUUACUAUGUAAUGGGUAUUGUUCAUGGGGCAGCUACUUAUUUACCUGACUUUUUAGACUACUUUUCAUUUAAUUUUCCCAAUUCACCAGUGAAAAUGGAGAUUUUGGGAAAGAAAGAUAUAGAGACAACAACUAUGUCAAAUUUUCAUGCUCAGGUAAAAAGAACAUACUCUCAUGGUACCUAUAGAGCUGGCCCAAUGAGACAGAUCAGCCUAGUUGGAGCAGUUGAUGAGGAAGUGGGGGAUUACUUUCCUGAAUUCCUUGAUAUGUUGGAAGAAUCACCUUUCUUAAAAUGUACACUGCCAUGGGGAACACUUUCUAGUUUAAAAUUAGAGAGUCGUAAAGACAGCGAUGAUGGUCCCAUCAUGUGGGUACGUCCAGGAGAACAGAUGAUCCCUGUGGCUGACAUGCCAAAGUCACCUUUCAAAAGGAAGAGAACUACCAAUGAAAUCAAAAACUUGCAGUACCUACCUCGAACCAGUGAGCCCCGUGAAAUGCUAUUUGAAGACCGGACACGAGCCCAUGCAGAUCACAUAGGACAAGGUUUUGAACGGCAGACUACAGCUGCUGUUGGAGUGUUGAAGGCUGUGCACUGUGGAGAGUGCUCUCCAGUGAACACAAAUACACUCAUUAAGGGAUGUUAUGGAGGAUGCAGGUCUGAGCAGCCUCGUAUAACCAAAGAUGUAAUUUGUUUUCAUGCUGAAGACUUCUUGGAGGUAGUUCAGCGAAUGCAAUUGGAUUUGCACGAGCCCCCACUCUCACAGUGCGUCCAGUGGGUUGAUGAUGCAAAACUUAAUCAACUGCGAAGGGAAGGCAUUCGAUAUGCCAGAAUUCAGUUAUUUGAUAAUGACAUUUAUUUUAUUCCAAGGAAUGUCGUACACCAGUUCAAAACAGUUUCAGCUGUGUGCAGUUUGGCUUGGCACAUCCGACUCAAGCUAUAUCAUUCAGAGGAAGAACUUUCUCAAAAUGCAAAUACUCUUGAAGCAGGGACAUCUGCAGACCCCAAGUCUUCGGUUAUCGGACUUCAGACUGACAACAGAAUUUGUACGACAAGCAAAAAUACCUCCGAAGACACCAAAUUUUCAGAUACUCUGCAGACAAAAUAUCUGCAGCAGGAAUUUAUGUCAAUAAAACAUGAACCUAUUGCAUCUCACCGAAUAAAAGAAGAAUCCAUGAAUGUUGAUCUUGCUGGAAAGACAGUGGCACCUAAUGACAUCGAGGGUCAGAAUGUUCAGACUAGAUUGGAUCACGUCGAAUCGACGGCAUUUAAGUUUGAAAUGGAUUCUAAAUUUGAACCUGGCAACAAGGACAUAAAAGACAAGUUAUGCGCUGGAAGUCACAUACAUCCAGAUGAUACGAGACAACAUAGUUCAUCAUAUCCAAAUCUGCAUGGACAAAGAGAGGAUGAUUUUUUGUGUUAAAUUUGUAUAUAUGGUUUUAAAUUCCUUUUUAAACUUAAUGACGUAAUAAUGUAAAGAUUCAUAAAUUUUGUGAGGCAGGUUUGCGACUUGCCUUCGCAUCUGUUACAGAAAAUAGUUAUGUAGCUUUGUAACAUUCCUCAGUGCCUGUCCAUAACUGUGAAGUAUCAAAGCACUUAGGGCCAGAUGCACUGUAAACACUGCAGGUUUAACAUAAAGAAGUCUUUAAAUAAUUUUCAGUUGUAGGUUUUAGAGUAGAGCUGACAUUUAACAUAUAUAUUUUUUGUAAGAUGAGCCAGAAUUCUUUUUGACAAUUCCAGGCUUUUCCAUAGAGCUUAUUUAUACCAAUUUUUUCAUUUUAAAUGUGUCAGCACUGUAGUGUAAAUAUCUUUUUUAAAAAAUCUUUUUAGUGUGAUUUAUACUGAAAUGUGAGCCGCUUAAUAAAGGUUCAUAAUAACAAAUUGGUUUUAUUUUUGGGUCUGCAAAAAAUAAUUCAGUUAAACUGCCUCUUUAAAUGGUUAUGUUUCUACCUGCACUAAUGCAUAGGAUGCCCUUACUCCAUUCUGGAGUGAGGAGCUGUAGCAAAUCAAGGUAGAGUUGAGGCAUUCUUUGUAAAUCAAGAUCAUUCAGAAUGAAAAAUCAGCCCUUCCUUCACCAGACUUUUACUGUUAAAGGCACUCCCCAAACUCCUGUUGCCAGAUGUUAACAGUGGAGCGGAGAGGCAAAGCUUGCCCCAACCUUUUUGUGUUGUGGAGCACGGUUGGAUAUCUGGUGGGCUCUGGGAACACCACCAGCAACCUCUUUCUGCAGGAUGAGCUGGGGCAAGGGAGCAGACUCCCUUGUAUGCUUACUUUCUCCCCCUUUACAAGCCAGAAUUGAGCUUUUAUUUCAAAAUGUAAAGUGGAACUGUAUUCUUGAAUCAGUGAUCUGAUAGAACAAAGAUUAUUUCUAAAUGCUUACCAAGUCAUAAAGGCCUCAGGAUUUUAGCAGUGACCUGCAAUUCACUGAGGCAUGUUUGGAUUUGAAUUACUCCAUAUGCUGAUAGUGCAAGGCAAUAAAGAUGCUUGCCUGUGUGUCCAGUAGGAAGAUUCCUCAUGAGUUUCAGUUUGGAAGUAAGAGCUGUUUCAUUAAGAAAAUAACAGUGGCGUCCAAGUUAACUGCUCACCUCUCUCCACUCUUAUGGAACGCUAGAAUUCUGUUAAGCCCAAUUCUGAGGGAAGAAGAUUUCAAGGCUAAGCUAGCAUCUGAUGUGGUAAUAGCAAACAUUCUGUAAUUUAACUUAUUUAAUUCCGUGUGUAACAUAUUGCUGUAUAGUUCAAACACAUCUGAACUCUGUUUCUUUUUCAGGUAGCUACAAAUAGCAGUAAACUGCCCUGCAGCCUGUCCUUCAACUAAAUAUUUAAAACUUAAGAUCCUAAGCUGGUUAUUAUUUUUAAAGCCCUCUGUAUCUUUGUAUUUUUUCCCCCUCUAACUUUCUGAAAGUUGCGCAUCCUUAUGUGCCCAAUUUAUAACCUUUGAUACACUUACUGAUUACUUUGGCUUCAUUUGUAGCAAUAGAACAAUGUGAUUUCUUUUCCAGGUGAUGUCUUAUUCAGCUACCUGAGGCCCUUUCAUUGUUGCAAACAUUUUUUGCUCAUAGGUUGGUAUAAUUCAAGAUGUUACUUCAUACUUAUGCAUGGCACUAACAUCAGGCAUUUAACUGAUGAGUGCCCUAAUUUGUUUAAUUUGAAAUAGGUCUGUCAAGGAAUUAUUAAUCAAAUCAACAUUUGAAUUACUAAACAUUACUCCUGCAUAGCCAUAACUAUGUAUUAGAGAAGCAAUAGAAACUCUUGGAUGUGGCUAAUAUUUCCGUAAGAGUCAUUGCUAUUUUCAUUAAUGCUGGUUAAGAAAUUACUACCAGUUCUGCAGCCUCAGGGAUCUUGCUUUCCUCUCACUCCAUAAGCAAGUGGUUCACGUGUGGCAUGGUAAGUUAUAUUAGUCUAGCACGUUCUGAUUUGAAAAACAAAUUGGUUGGCAUAAUAACUUGAGUCAUCUUGAUAGAAAUAGUCUCAGCUCCCCUUGUGUUUUCUGGAUUAUCUGCAAACUUCCACCCAUAAUUUCUGUGGCUUUGUGAGCACACACAUAUGUAGCCUUCCAUUCCCCUUCUAUGUGCUGGCUAUCAGAGAACAGCAAAUGGGAAGAGUUGCACGUUUUAGUCUGCACCAAGCAUGCAGCUUUUCAAGUGGGUUAGCAGAAGGCUCCAGCUUCAGCAAAUCCAGUCUUGACAGAUAUGUAUGUUUAUUUGUUUUUUAUUUCAUUUAGAUGUUUUUUGUCUUGUUUGUAUGCUGGUGAUCUAUAUGUUGAUUAUCCAUUAUGGUUCAAGCAUUUUUUUAAUCAUGGCAGAUUUUACUAAAAUACAUACAUCCCCCUUGAUGGCAAACAAUUUUCUGCAUCACAGGUCCUGUCCAGACUGAGAAAAUUAAUCUUUGAAAACAGUUUAGCAGAUGUGACUUUGCACUUGAAACUAAAACUUUUAUUCCAUUAAAAAACCUGCUCCAUGGUCUCAGCUGAUAGGGCUUCAGCCAGUUCAGGUAUGUCUUGGUUCUGUAACUUUGCUUCUUCUGAGCUGCCUAAAUCUUCAACUUUUUUUUUUAAACACUUUCAGAGGUUUAAAGUGUAUUGAUUCUUGCAGUUUAUGCAUUCUUUGAUAUAUAUAUUUUUUUGAGACAGACUAGAUCCUGAUUUAUAGGCAGAAUUCCUUGCAAACAGAAUAUGAACAAUGCUGGGAUUACUAAAUUGCUGUCAGAACUUCCUUUGUAUUCGAAGGUGUAAACAUUCUGGGUUGAGUAUAUUAAUAUAUACUUUUUAGUUUGCUUAAAAAAAAAAAGUGGUUUUGUCUUCUACCUGUGGUGUAUUCAUUUUGAUGCGGUUGUUUUUUAAGAGGGGAGUACAUUUUCUGAGAAGUUCGGCUCCCAAGUUGUUCAUUUGUCUGACAAAAGUCUUGCUUUGGUUUCAAGUGGUCCUACGCUAUAAUCUUUAUUCCUGCCACAUACAACUUCAGACUUUUGCUUCAGCAAUAAAUCUUUCAUGCCUUCUGAUGUACUGGAACUAGUCUUUGCUUGUUGCUUCCCCCCCACCCCCCCGCCCCGAUUUUCAGUUUUAUAUUGAGCUUUUAAUAUAGACUGGUUUUUUAAUGAAAUUUCCCAUGUUUUAGUUCUCUCUUUUGGCCCAUUGUUCUGCAGACUGGAUAAAUCUGCUUAAGGCCUAUUCACUGUAAUGCAGUGGUAUUCCCAUCUGUGUGUUUGCAGCAGUGUUCCUGUUAAAGCCCUGAUUUGCAGAACUUCAGAAAUGUUUACCUAGAUAUCCAUACCAUAUUUGUGGGUAGCAACAAAUUGUAUCAUUACUACCAGUGGCUUUUUGGAUGGUAGCAGCUUCCCAUUUCACUGCCAACUGACUUUGUUGUAGACAAGUGUUACUCAGUGUCACUUCAUCCCCCAGCCCCCAAGAUGCCUGCAUAUUGACUCUGAAACAGCGUUUUCAUUACAGGUACCACUGGCAUGCAGAUUUUCCCUUCCUUGUUACUGUAUUGAAAAUUUUGAUACUACUUUAACUGAAAUACUAAUUCUGUCUAGUCUUAAAGUAUUACUUCAGAGAGUGACUUAAGUAAUCAGCUGUGAAGGAAUUCCUUGGUGAUAAAAUAAAGUUGAUUUUAAGCAGAGUAAAUAAGUUGGCAUGUCAAAUAAUAUAGGAAAUGGAAACAAAAUAGUAGACUGCUGUGAAACGUCAGAACAUCACAAACUUGGAAAACUGAUUUGUGCAAGAAAUACAGGAAAAGAAUUCAGUGAUUUAAAAAUGACUUUUUCUAAUAUCUGCAUGUGAAUAAGGAUGCUGAAUUGAUCAAAAGAGGCCCACUUUUUUUUCCAUGCUCACUGGGAAAAUAAACUGUUUUAAGAUAGUAGACUACAACAUGAGCCUAUUAGGAUGAAAGCUGUACUGAUGAAAGCUGCUAAAUUCUGAUCACAUGAUAAAAAGUUCUUUGGGCUUCUCAACUGUAACUUCAUUAAUUUUUCUAGUGGCCAGAUUUUUUAGAGAAGCUUGCUUGUAGGCAGACCAGCCCCUUUGACCUAACUGUGAAUGUAUGCAAGUUGGAAAUGGAAAGGACAAAUCUUCAUCCAUCUAUAUUUUGCUGGGAAUGACAUUGUUGAAAAUACGCUUUCUUUUGACUGUGAGUCCCUGUUUAUUACUCGUGUUCACCUAAUGUUUCAUUAAUUUCUUAAUUGGAUGAAAUGCACUUUAAAAAGCUGGUUAAUAGACGAUACUGAUAUUUUGCGCAGAUUCCACUGAAUUUGCAGUAGAUGUUGGAACACUUGGGGAAACUUUGCUUCCCGCCCGUGGCACAUUUCAUUUUUUUAUUAGAAAUACAAAUUGUUUUAUGCUCUGUUUACAGCUUCUCACCCAAAAGCAAUGGUUAACUUCACAAUAUCUAUGUUACUAGCUCUAUUAUAACCAUCAGGGAUAUACACUUUCCAAAUUCCCUAUAUUCUAAUCACUGUUUUUCUCUGUGCUAUGAUACAAAUAUUUGCUUUGGAUCUGUGCUGUACUUAAGUGCCACCUAAACAUUGGUCUUCUCGUUCUGGGCAUGUUGAUAGAUGAGCCUGCUGAUGAGGGCAUUAGUCUAAAUAGUCUUUUAAUACUUGGUGUACAGUUAUGAUAAUCUGAUUCAACCAAUGAUUAAAACAGCAGAUUAAACUUCUAUUUUUAUCAAGUUUUAUUUUUGAAUAACCAUUUUAAUGUCUUCUUUACCAGUUAAUCUCCAAGUGUAAUACAUUUCGGUUUACAUAUGUUGGAUUCUCUUAAUGGCUUGAGGUCUUCAUUAGAUAAACUUUUAAAAGUUUUAAGUUCUGUAGAAAUUGUUCAGAAUCUAAAAUACUUGUAUGACACCUCACUAACAUUUUUUCAUGCUUUCAUUGAAUCAGCAGAAUAAAAAAAACCAAACAGAUUUAGGAUUACUAAAGUCAUGCUAGAUUUCACUUUAACUUAAAAUAUUUGAACUCUAUUUAUAACCUGAAUUAGAAAUACAAACUAAUUUUUGUUGCAAAUUAAUAUAAAUGUUCUAACAUUUGAGGAAUUUUGAAUGAAGUGACUGCAGUGUUUAUUUUGGAUAUAGUCCACCUGGAUGGAAAUGCAGUGCUUGGCACAGUUUAGGCCUGUGAUUUAAAGAAUAUGCUUUUCCAGGCAUUUAUAGUUAUCAAAUGGAGACGAAAUAGUUAACUUAAAACCUAUUCCAGAAUGAGUGUGUCAAAAAAAAAAAAGGGGAGGGGGGGAGCCAAUUAGACAUAGCUAUUGAAGACUAAUGUGACAUAAAUCAAAAUUGCGAAAGCUGAUAAUAGCUAAACAUGCAGUAAUUCAGGUAUAUGUUCUAUCAUAAUGCAGUUGAGAGCAUUUGUUAUUCUGAGAAAUACAAUUUUUCAGGCUAGUAAAUGUCUCUUAGCAGUGAUUUCUUUAUAAAUUUAAAAAUGAACACUGAGUUUUAUCUGUUUUGAGUUCUUGUUUCCGCUCUUAUGCUGUAUUCUGCUGUAUAUGAAAAAACUUCUUAAAUUUGUCUGAUCUUGAUGUUGAUUUUGUUGGAAGAGGCAAAAUGAAGAUAAUAACAUUGCCAAAUUCCAGAUUUUUCUACUCUUCAACGAACUUGAGUAAAAGUACAAGGAGAAAAUGUUGAAUUAAUUUGAGUAGCAUUCUAGUUGUCCAAAGGCGUAGUGAUUCCUUAAAUUGCCUUAGUCCACAAAAGCUUGUUGACUUUUGUCAGGAAAAAGUGACAGCCAGAUUGAUUCAAUUCUAAAAGGCUGAAAUGUGAGACUGAACACUAGCCAAAACUUAAAAUGAUGAAGGUAUGACUAAAGGGUACAAUGCUUUUUGUCUAAUACAGCUUAGAACAUAGCUGAAAUUACUUUUUAUUGUUUUGUUUGUUUGUUUUAAGGUGUGCGCUCACAUAGCACUAUUCUUUCCAUGCUACUAAAUUCAAGGAACUUACUUUUGAGUAUGCAGCAAAUCAGGAUCUUUACUACAGGAAAUGUAGUGGUGGUGAAGUAGGUACCAUCUAAUGUUGUUUGAUUUAAGUUUGUGGGAAUGCCACAAAUUUUUGUUUUCAUAAAUACCUUUGUAUACCCAAUUUUAAACUGAAAUCUCAUCUGGCCUGAUGUAAAAAUUUGGUAUACACAUAAUUAUUUGAGAAAACACUGAACAAAACACAAUUACAUACAUUCUAAAAAUGUAUGUGGCAAUUUCCAUGAGGUUACUCUAAGACUUUGCUUUUGUACUAUUUAUGCAUAUAUGACAAAUUACUAAAUACUGUUUUCAGUUCUUAAAUUCUUAUCUUAUUUAAAACCUAUGGUAUCUUAUUUUUAAAUAUUGUCAUCCAUGCCUAGCAGUGAAUUUUGGAUGCAUGUACACACACGUACACACACACAGCAUUUCGAUUAAAAUUGGUUGAAGGUGGGGGUGUAUAUGUCAUGCAAUUGUACUUUUGAAGAUAAAAUAAAAGAACAUAAACUUGA